AUACCUCCCGAGCAUGAGCAUCGGACUCUGGUCCUUUGCUUUGAUGGUACUGGUGACCAAUUCGAUGUCGACAACUCAAACAUUGUGCAGUUGUGCUCGCUGUUCAGGAAGGAGGACCGGUCGAAGCAGAUGGUGUAUUAUCAGGCGGGUAUUGGGACGUACACUUCUCCCAGAGUCGCGACGCCCUUGAUGUCCACGAUAUCAAAGGCGAUGGAUAUGUUACUCGCAAAUCAGCUAAAUGCGCAUGUUAUGGACGGGUACGAAUUCCUGAUGCAAAACUAUACAGCUGGUGAUCGUAUCUGUAUGUUCGGGUUUUCGAGAGGCGCGUACACUGCCAGAAGUCUUGCGGGCAUGCUUCACAAAGUAGGGCUGCUCUCUAAAGACAAUUUUCAGCAGGUUCCGUUUGCAUAUAAGAUGUAUACGAGAGUAGACAAGGUUGGGUGGGAGCAGUCCAAUGCAUUCAAGGAAGCGUUCUGUAGGGACGUGAUUAUUGAUUUCCUCGGAGUAUGGGAUACUGUGGACUCUGUAGGUUUAAUACCCAAGCGACUUCCAUUUACCACCUCGAAUACCAUCGUUCGCACAUUUAGACACGCGAUAUCCCUUGAUGAACGGCGCGCCAAGUUCAAACCCAACUUUUGGAAUCUUCCUCAUCCGCGGUCUGAUCAUUCACAGGACUUGCCUCCAAGUCGACCGACAUAUUCUGAUAAUCGACUAAGCGAUUACGAAGAGCGGUUCUCCCUACACAGUGAAUACAAUACGACUCCAACGGACGUACAAGAAGUCUGGUUUGCUGGUUGUCACUGUGAUGUGGGAGGUGGUUCUGUGAAGAACUCUACACGCCACACUCUUGCACGAAUUAGCCUUCGUUGGAUGAUUCGGGAGUGCUUCAAAGCUAACACUGGGAUCAUGUUCAAUUCACAACGUUUGAGGUCGGUUGGACUGGAUCCUUCGGCUUUGUAUCCAUUUAUAAGUCCGAGGCUUCCACCACUAUCAAGUGAAAAGAUUCAUACAAUUGCGCCUAUUCCUCAGAAGAAGUCAAAAUUACAUCGAGUUUUAGCAAAGAAGGAUAACGAGAAGACACGAAUUUUGUCGGAAGAGGAGGAGGAUCUCGAGGAUGUGCUCUCUCCCAAGUAUGAUCAACUCAAAAUAGCUCCGUUUUGGUGGAUUCUUGAGGUGAUCCCGAUGCAAUUCCGUUAUCAGAGGAAGUGUGAUGACUGGGUGUCAUAUUUUGGAUUCAAUCUUGCCAGACCUCGGCACAUACCGGAGCAAUCUUCCAAUGGUGUUUAUGUACAUCGUAGUGUUAAAAUACGAAUGGAGGCGGAGAAAGUAGGUUCGAAUGGUAAACACCGUAGAUAUUCGCCCAAAGCGCACUUGGAAGUUGAGCCCAUUUGGUAG